CUCGAAAAAAGACCAGAGAAACUCCUCCCGUCUUCAAAUUAUGAACAAUCAGCAGCAGGGUGAAAUGGCCGCUGUGGAGAGCGGUGGAGGCUUCAGUCAAAAGCGAAACACGAACUCACAAGACUCACAACAGCCAUCUCCUCUUGCCUUGUUGGCAGCCACAUGCAGUCGGAUUGACACCCCAGGAGAGAAUGAUUCACCGUCAGAACAACAAAACCAGCAGCAACAGUUGGACCUAAACCAGGGUGUUUUCACCUCCAGUGCCAAUGGCUGGCAGGUUAUCCCUCUCAGUGUUCAAGCAUCCUCAGGCACUAGCACCAGCACCACUGACUCCUCAGGGGUGAUGACAGGAGGAGAUGCAGGAAAGAGCAGACAGGUGCUGUCACCAUCAGUAGCCAUUGCAAGCACUCAGGGACAGCAGCAGCAGCCACAGCAAUACGUUGUGGCUCAGGCUCCAUCGAUGCAGGGUCAGCAGGUUCUUACCACCAUAUCAGGUAUGAUGCCCAACAUUCAGUACCAGGUUAUUCCCCAGUUUCAGACAGUAGAUGGCCAGCCACUGCAGUUGGCACAUGCCCAGCAGGAUUCUACUGUACCUGCUGCUGCAGGACCAGGGCAGCAGUUUCAGAUAGUAUCCUCUCCUAAUGGCCAGCAGAUCAUAGCCACAACCAACAGAGCUGGUCCAGCAGGAAACAUCAUAACGAUGCCCAGUCUCCUUCAAGGAGCCAUCCCCAUUCAAAAUAUAAGCUUAGGCAAUGGCGUGUUACAAAACCAGCCCCAGUUCCUGGCGAAUAUGCCAAUGUCACUAAAUGGGAACAUCACUUUGUUGCCCGUCAGUACUGGAACAAGUGGUACAGGGGGAGAUGCAAAUGGUGGAGGGGAUACAGGGGUCAGCCAACUUAUACAGCAACAGCAAUCGCAACGUCCAGUGUCUUCUAACAGCGGGGCGUGUUACAUGACAAAUGCACCCACUGUCACCACGCAGACUUCCACUUCUAUUGGAAUGACCCAAACACAGAACAGCAAUGGAGUGAUGACAGGGACAUUCCAGCAAAAUGCAGCAUCUUCCCUGGGUGUUCCAAUACAACCAGACAACAGAGAUGGGCAGCAGCCACAGCAGAUCCUUAUCCAGCCUCAGCAGGUUAUUCAAGGUGGAACACCCAUCCAGACCAUCCAGGCCAGUCCUGGUGGUCAGGUAUUUGCAACUCCGACACUCAGCCAGGAAGGGCUUCAGAAUCUUCAAAUUAUGCCAAACGCAGGCCCCAUCCUCCUGCGCACUGUGGGUCCCAAUGGCCAGGUGAGCUGGCAGACCAUUCAGAUCCAGAGUUCGGCAGGACCGCAGAUCACGCUGGCCCCCGUGCAGUCUCUCCCCCAACUUGGCCAGGCUCAGGGAGCUACUGCAGCUGGAGGACUAUCUGUCAACACAGUGCAGAUCCCAGGCAUCCAGACCAUAAAUCUCAACACACUCGGAGGUUCCGGGCUGCAGAUGCACCAGCUGCAGACUGUUCCCAUCACCAUUGCCAGCACAGCAGGAGAGCAGGCCUUACAGACAGGCGGAGACAGUUUGGAUGAUAGCACAGCUAUGGAUGAUGAGGAUAUAAGCCCACCACCUCAAGGACGACGUAACCGCAGGGAAGCCUGCACCUGUCCCUUCUGCAAGGAUGGAGAAGGACGUGACCCAACUAAAAAGAAGCAGCACAUAUGUCACAUCUCUGGCUGUGGGAAAAUCUACGGCAAGACAUCCCACCUGAGGGCCCAUCUCCGUUGGCACACAGGAGAACGACCCUUCGUCUGCAGCUGGUCUUUCUGUGGCAAACGAUUCACCCGUUCAGAUGAGCUUCAGCGCCAUAAGAGGACGCACACAGGUGAAAAAAGGUUUCUUUGCCCGGAGUGUCCCAAACGUUUCAUGCGCAGUGAUCACCUCUCGAAGCACAUCAAAACCCACAUGAACAAGAAAGCAGCAGCAGUUGCCGCGGCCACGGGCAGCACCACAGGCUCGACUGACGCUGUUUCCCCUGCAGCAGGAAUAAAAGUGGAAACAGGAGAAGUGUCAGCCAAUGACCAGCACACCAUCGUCACCAUGGAAACCUUAUCAGCAGAGAGCAUAGCUCGAUUAGCCAGCAGCGGGAUCAACAUGAUGCAGGUGGACCUUCACCAAAUUAAUGGCAACAACUACUAAGAACGGUGGCAGAGCAGGAAGACGGCCUUGGUGGAUGUUGCAUUCGGACGUUGGGGGUUAAAAAGGGCAUGUCUGACUUCAGACACAGAACCUCUCAAAGGCUUUAGAAAGGAGAGGCGGUCAUGCAUUGGACACUAUUGAAUUUGAGAACUGCAGUAUGAGUAUGGAUUUCCAUCUUGUAUUAAAUACCUGUGGCAUUUUGGGGUCAGAGUUGGAUUCAAAUGUCAGACUAGAGAAAUCAGUCAUGAAAUCUCAUUUCCUCUGAAUGGAAACAGCACUACACUAACAUUUGUCCUACAUGAAGACCCAACCCGAUUUGAUAGUGAGACCGCAAUAAAAUACACAGACCGGCACACUUGAUGUUGAAUUGGUGACAAGUAAUCUCUACAAGCUUCUUUAGUAAAGAGAUGACACUACCAAGUCAGACUCUCACCCUUGUCUACAAGGCUGUGAGCUUUGCUACUUGUCCCUCUUCGCCUCAGGUGUCUCCUGCCCUCUCGGGGGCCCUCUGGGCUGCUGUAUCAGGAAUGCCCCUCAGGCCAACCGGCUCAUAAUGCUAAAUUCACCCCUAAAAUUCUAAUUCUAAUCUCAAGCAGCAAAUAUAUGGUUCUCACCUGUCCAUGGAUGCAGUUGUGGGCAAACUUAGCAUGUUCACAAAUUAACAAUCCCAGUAUCAUAGGAAUAAUAUGUUUAAAAUAAAAGAAUUAAGUGUUUUAGGGGGGACUGUUAGAGCAGGACUGGAAUAGAUGAGGUCGGAGCCAGAAGCACUAAUCAGUGUGAGGAUGUAGGUGUGUCAGGGCACUGAAAUCCUGAGAAUUGCUUUAACCUUUUAUGUAGGUGCACACAUUAAAGCCAUCAUGCUUUGAUAUGUUUAUCAUAGCAAAAACAUUUUGAUUUUUUUAAUGUAUAUAUAUAUAUAUUUUUGGUAAAGGCUACAGAAUUUCUUAGCUUAGGAAGGAUCAUCUUACACAUUUGCAUGAGAUUGCCUUUCAGUUAUAUGAACCUCUCAUGCCCAAUCAAUCUUAAUCUUAUUUUAUAUAUAUGUAGAUUAAAUGUGUAAACUUACAAGCCUUUUUGUCAUAGAAUAUUGUAUUCUAUACAGUCCAGAUCUUCCCAGUAUGUUUUUCCUGUGGUGUACUUAUCAGAGACUUUGCCUUGCAGUCCCUCUGUUUUCUUUCUGUGGAAGUGUUUGUUUAGUCAUAUAUGGUCAGACUGAAGUAUUUGUCCAGACAGCAUAAACAUGUAAGCUUAAAACCAAAGGUUCAUACUCAUUUUAUAAGCAAAACUAGGAAAUCUUUCUUUGGUCCAUCAACUUUCUAUUAAUUUUUACUCUUGUAAUGCAUAUGUUACAUUUCUAACUGGAAAAGACCCAGCUUGAGGCUAAUCUUGGACACACAUCCCUUUGUUUUCUAAAUAAAUAAGUUGCAAAAUAUAUUGAGGGUCAGUUUUUCUCACCUCUGUUGAAAUGUCUUUUGCUUUGGAAGUCUGCUUUAUUUGAGAAAGACAAUUAUAACUUUUAUGUCAAAUGUAUGUUAAAAGCUCUCCUUUAAGUUCAACAGACAAGUGCUCUUAUUUUUAUUUUUUUGCCCCGCUUUAAAUAAGGGAUUUUAUAUGGUGUGUAUACAACUACUGCAAAUGCCAACAGCUGGAUUACAAUAAAAAAUAUACUUUGUUUCA